AGUGAUUUAGCAUUGAAGUGAUUUUAUUUUGCAGCUGAGGUUGCAGUUUUUUUUUGUAAUUUUAGAACUGGAUAAAAGUCACAACAAUGUAGAAUCUGCGGAAGGAGGAAAAUAAAUAUUAAAAAAAUGUUUGUGGAAGAAGGAUUUUCUUGAAUGAGGUACACUGAGAAAAAUUGGUAUCGUGUGUAUAAAAUUUGCCACUAUCGCGCACUUAAACUUCCUCACAGAUGAGAUUCGAUGCUUUGGUGUGGUUUGUUCGAUGGAGUGAGACGUUGAAUGGGCAUGAGUAGUAGUUGGAGAGAGAUGUACGCAGUUGCGAUUACACAUACAAUUUGUAGAGUUAGCGAGACGAUGUAUAAAACCAAAGAAACGAUGACGCAUUCCCUCAGUUAAACACAGAACAUCGCAGUGUAAAGUUGGUGGGAUUUUUUUUGUUAGUUGCUCGUGAGGAAAUUUGAAGUAUUUUAUUCAAGAAAAUUCAAGUGGUUAAGACAUCAAGUUUUUUUUUGGUGUUGUUGGAAAGUCCAUUGGAUUAAAAAGCUCGAGCAUUUGGUUUGAUUGAAACCAAGAAUAAAUCCUUCAUUCACACUGCACAGAGGAGUGUAGCAAUUUCUUGAGAGUGUUCUCUCGGCAAGACAAUGCAAUAGUGUAAAAAUAAUUGAAUUUAUUACUGAACAUUGUGAAAUUGACAGCAAAAAUUUCAGUGCGUUAGACGCAGAGUUUAUUAGAAGAGACGUGUACUAGAGGAGGAAGAAAAGUAGUGUGUUUUUGUUUAAUAAAGUAAAGUUGGUGUGAGUUACAUAAUUUUCUUGGAGACACUAUAAUCGAAUUCAAUUGAAUUUUGUGUGUGCAAUUGACUUUUUAACCUCGCAUCUAAUAUAUUAUUCACUCAAAGAAGUGAGGAGAAAAUAAAAUACAUAGAGACACACAGUGUGGAAGUUUUAAAAGCACUUUGUGCACCCAGUAAUUAAAGUUCUUCGUCUUCUUUUUCUGUGAAAAAAGAAGAACUGUUUACCGAGUUUAUUUGCAAAGUGUGAGGGCAGGAAAAAACAGCCAAUAAAUGACGCUCGACAGCAAUAUUUUCAACGACGUCUUCCUCUAUAGUCCAUUUAAUAAUACAAAUGCCCCCCUGACCCCGGUCUCAAAGAUGGUGAGUGCCACUUUAUUUCAAAUAAAACUAUGUAUGUGAUAUCAAUUUAAUGUCCAGUGCUUAAAGUAAAAUAAAAAAGAAAAUAGGAAAACUUAAUAAGAAAAUCAUACGAACAAUCACGAUGAUUUCACUCACUGAGCCAAUGAGUCGAUUUUUUUCCCUCAAAUCACUUCUGAUAAUGAAAUUCACUGGAAAAACAUUCUCGUUCUCUGGGACUUGGUGAUAAGACGAAUAUAAUAAUGUCUCACUUUACCCCCACACACAGUUCCCCCCUUAAGAAACGCGAGAGAGUAUUUUUGCUUUUCUUCUUUUUUUUUUGUCACACACAAUGCGCAAUGAUAAGGAGUAACAAAAAAAAAUCCCAUGUUAUCUCUUAAUUAUUUUAUGUGUACAGAGUCCUUAUUUUUCAAACUUAUAUUGGAGCACUUGAUGUAUGUACGUGCAAAAGUUGAUUGUUUGUCGUCGCAUAAAGCGAAGAAUGCUUGUUGAAAUGUAAAAGAGAAUUCGGCAUAAACAUCCUCAAGUACUUACGAGGUAAAUUGUUAAUUUAUUUGCUAAAGAAGGUCGUAAAGAAUUCAUUUAUGUGGUUUCUCCACAACAUUUUGGUUGAGGAAGAACUUCCAAAAGGGUGGAGUCUGAAGACUCUGUAAUUUGGUUAAAUAAAAUUCAUUGAUAACAUUUUUGGCAAAUAUGACAUACUUUUUCGGGUGUUGUGAAGACAAUUUCUGUAUUUGAGCACUGAGGCGAGGAGAAACUCAAAGAAUUUAGUAGCAUACACGUGGUGGGUAGAAAAAUUGUCGACUUUUAAUUGUUUAUUAAUCAACAUCUUCAAAAAUCUUCAAAAUCUCUUAAUUCUUCACCUGUGGGAAUGUUUGUGGCACAAACAAUAAAAGUUCUGUAUUUUUGCAUUAUGGAAAUUUUUGUCUAAAAAUUACCAAAAGAAACAAGUUAGAAGAAUUUGUGCAGUAAAUAAUUUUGCUAAUUAAAUUAGCAAACAAAAAAAAAGAACCAGAGACAUGUUAACGUCUUUGUGGAUCUCACUCGUAAAUAAGGAACUGGAUCCUUAAAAAAAACAAUUUCAAUUGAAGAAAAAAAUUACAUUUGCAUUGACGUAAAGGAAAAUAACGAAUGCAUAAAUGAAGGAGAACAUUGUGGUAAUGUAAAAUCCCCCAUUGCGCUGCACACAUGUAAUUGAAGUAAAAGAGAUUCGCAUUUAAAGAGACCACAAAAGACCUUCCCCGCAUAAUAUAAGAAACUUUCUUGUGGGUUUUUCCACACCUCAAAUGUGUGCAAAGAAAUUAUUUGGCUCACUUAAUCUACCCAUCCAGCAGUGCUACCACACCAAGAAAAAUAAAAAUAGCAAAUUAAUGCAGUUCGUGUGUGGAUGUCUUUCACAAUGAUUACGUGAAAUUGCCGUAUGACGACAUUGAUCACAAAAGUGAACCGGAACUCGCGGUGUUGAAUGGAAGAAAAAUAAGAUGAAGACGGAACGACGAAGUAAGAAAAAAAACAUCGCGCACAAGACAACCAGUUUCUUCAUCAUUUUUAGCAAAAAUUUACUAACAAGACGCCUGCUACCGAGAAAUAUGGAGAUUUAAUGUGAAAAAUAUCCAAAAAGUUAGAGAGAUAAAAAAAUCCCCUCAAACGAUUUUGGGAUUGUCUCCAAAAGCAUUUUUUCUUUACGUCAGAUUUGCAGAAAAAAUCGAAAAUAUUGCCAAAAAAACAACCUUUCACUCGGCAGCAUUUUCUUCAAAUGAAACACACUGGCAAACUUGCGCAAUGGUUUAUUGGAACACGUGCAGCUUGUAAAAUGUUCAAUACCAUACUCUAUGGGUUGGCUGCAUGCUGUCCAUUCAAUCUCCAUAUCUCAAUUUGCAAAAAAAAAUUGCACAGUAUUUUUAUCCAAAGCAAGAUGUCCAUUUUUGCAUGGCUAAGGCAUUGUCCAAUGAAUGCAAUCCAAAGAGGGAGUUUUUGUUGCAUUUUCUAUUCUAAUGCACCAUCAAGAAGGACUGCAAACAAAAGACCCGCGCUCUUGGCAAACACGCCGCGAAUAACUACUUUAAAUUGUUGAAUUUGACAAACACACAAAUGGGAAGUUGGGAGGAAAUGAGCAAAAAAAGCAAGAGCGAUGAAGAAAAAAAGAAAGAGUUCUUUUUGAGGCAACACACCACAAGUACUUGUGCGAAUAAAAUACAAUCGUCGCGACAGAGUCUUUUGCUUUGGCGACAGCUCUGCGCCAUUCUUUUGAUCGCCAAAAUGCGCUAUAUCGUCUCUCUCUCUAUUUCUGCACAGUGUGUGUGUGUACGCUUAUUUUAAUAAACCACGGUGUAAUGGCACAAAUGACAGUGAAUAUUUUGUACAUUAUACUCAAUUGUUGAACAUGGGAGAUAAUGUAUUAAAUUUUAACCAUUUAACCCAUUAGUGUUGUAGAAAUAAUAAGAAAAAUAUUCUAGAUUAACCCUUUGUAUGCCAGGUGUGAGAUUCACGCGUGCAAUGGCAUGUGGGUUGUAUUAAAUAUGAUUUAUUUAUGGAAGGAAAAAAGGAAUUAUUUUGCCUAUUCUGUUGUACUUGAACCGAAGGCAUUUUGAAUACGAGUUUAGCACUCUAUCCACUCUACCACUAGUUUCCUCAAAAUUCAGUUAAUGUUUUUUAUAGAAAAAAUUAAUUAAGAUUAACAGUACGAGUAAAACCUUAAUUAAAGAAUUUAUUGCUCUAAUUUAAUUUUGUAUAAUUCAAUGCAUCUAUCAAUUCAUGCUGACGUCUUCAAAAUACAGAAAAUCAUGAUGCUGUAAUCAGUGAGUGAAGAAAAAUAAUCCUUCACGAUAAUCUAUAUUAUAAAUUUCAUAAUCAUUUAGCAAGGAUGAAUGAUAUUGUUAAAAAUAGAUGUUACAUGCAAUAGGACAAAAAUGCAAACGGCAUGAGAUAAUUCAAACGAGUGCCUGUUGAUGAGCAAACCAAGUUAUUUUUGUCUCAUUCAUAUCUCGAUAAGAAGAUCCCAUAACACUUAUCAAAAUAUGUUUAGGGUGUGAAAGGGUUAAGUAAGAAGACUGGAGUCUGGUAAAUAAUGCUGAUAAAUUGUUUGUGUUUGUUGCAAUGUAAAUUGCCAAUCAUACACGCAACUGAAAUUGCCUGCUCAGAAAAUCACUAACUAUUUGGGCGGAGAUGCAUUGAGAGGGGGAGUUUUUAGUGAAUCAUAGUCUAUAAAUAAAAUUAUAUAAAAUAUUAUAUAGGAGAGCAUUAGUGAGCGUAUUUUGCAAAAAUGUAUGUUGCGGGGAUUUUUUUCAUCUGAUAAAUUCCACUUGAAAUAUUUUUUUUUAAAAGAGAAGAAGGAAAAAAGAAUCUACCACGUGUUUGUCUCCCCAGCAGAGUCACACGUUUGCCCAUGAAAUAAUAUUCUGUCUUACGUAAACUGCUUUUGGUUUGUUGAACCUCUAAUCUCUGUGUAGAGUUUUAUUUUUGCCCAAUAUUUUUCUAAAAAAUUAAAUUCUUCAUCAAAAUCCGGCAUGUUGUGAGAAAGUUAUAUUCAAUCGUGGUGCUUCUUAUCGCGGUUGUACUCCCUCCAAAAUGGACUCUACUAUCAGGGCAAUAUAUUUCUCUGCAAUAAGUGUUGUCUAUGGCUCUCCAUUCCAACACACUUGUUUACUCAAAAGAUAUUGAAAUAUGGCAGAUUAGAAAAAUAUUUCUCUCUUUUGUGCAAGACAAGAGAUAUUUCCUUUCUUUUCAAUAUAUUUUUUUUGAAAGAAUUUACUACCUUUUAUUAUUUGUUUAUUUUCUUUUCUAAUACAACUUCCUUCUGCUUCUUCUGUCCAACCUUCCACGCGAUAUAUUUUGUUAAUUGACUUUUUUGUUGACAAACACAACAUGAAUUCUUUUCUUGCUAUUUUUGUGUGCUGCCACUUUGCAUUUUUUUUUUCUAUUUUUUCUAUUUUACCAAGAAAUGAUGAAGAAGAAAUAUCACGAAAAAUUUAUCUAAAGGAACUCUAUUAGCGCCAGAAUGGCGCAUAAAUUUUUGUUUGCUUUUUAACGAUAAUGCGCUGCAAAGAAUAGAAAUUGAUAAACACAUGGAAGCCAAUAAUGGUAUGUGAAUCCGUCGAGAAAUAUGAAACUUUAUAAAAAGCUUAUCACAAUUUGAAUUUUUGCGUAAUCCCCUCGACGAUAAAUUCAUUGAAAUUUCUAUCGUAGAUUUUAUGUACACACUGAUGGAAAAAAAUGGGACGUUUGAACAUUUACAGCGAAGAGAGAAUUUUUCUUUGUGAAUAUGCACGUGCAUUUAGAUUAACAUUUAUUAGUUAUUUACAAAGUUGGAAAUGAGAUGAAAAGUGUGUCAAAGGCUUCCUUAUUUUCUUGUUUUUCAAAUGCUGUUUUUUCUUCUUUUAAAAGAUCUUUUUCUUUAUGUUGGAGGUAUUUAACGUUACUAAAUUUUCGACACAAUGUCACAUUGACAUUAGUCGUCAAACUGCUGUCAAAACACUUCCGUCAAACUUACUUCUGUCAAAUGACUUUUUAAAUUAAAUUAUUCUACUGAGAGGUAAAAAAAUACAUUUUUAAUGCUCCUAAAAAUCUAAAAAAUAGGAAAAAUUAAAUGAGCCCUCCCUCAGUGCACCACCCUGUGUACUGUUGAAAUUUUAAGUGUCACUGUCGGUGAUAACGACUGAUAAGCAUGUGUGAGGAGUAAAUGGUGGCGUAAAACUUUCCUAAAGUGAUUUUCGGGGCUGAAAGGUAGAAAAACGUCCACUAAUGUACGGUCGUCGCGUCAGUCUGUGUCCGGAAAUCAUUGGCAAUUGAACCCAAAGUGUCGUCUCGACGAGAGUCAUAAAUUUGUGUGGAAUUUUGCUUAGAGAAGUAUAGGAAGAAAUUUUAUCACAACCUUCCUUUUUAUUUUCUUCUGAAUAUUAUUAUCUGUGUUGCAUUGUCGGAGCCAACAAAAAAACAACGACAAAAAAAGAAAAAAAAAAAGGUAAACAGCACUUGAGAAAAAAAAUCGCUCAUCCUGUUUUUUUUCUUCUCUGAGUUUCUUGUAAUAUUUUUUAUUACUUUAAUUCAUUUGUUCAAGUGCUGUUUUUCUUCAUGUCCCCAUAAAGAGGGGAAAUUUACACUGAAAUUUAUUUAAAUUUAAUGGAAAUUCUUGACCUCUUCCACACCAUGUACCGCCCUGUGUUAUACCGUCGCAAAGUGUCUCCAUGUGCGCCAAUUCAGGCAAGGAGACGCACUAAAAAAAAUCAUUCGCAUGUUUUGGUAGUAAAGUUGUGAAGAACAAAGAAUUAAUUCAACAUCAGUGCAUGUUGUUUGCUUUCUUAUUCUUAUUGUCACACGAGUUCUUUGUCUCCUUUACAUGUUACUUUUUCCCUUGUCUCGUAUAUUGCUUAAUUUCAAUUAUUGUGAAUUUAUUGGGUUUAUUGUUUUAGCACCAAUUUCUUUCUGCUACAGAUAUUUAUUUUACUAUGUUCAUUGAGGAAGUAUAGGACAAAAAGAUCUAGAAAGGAAUUCAAAUAUGUUUUUUUUGUGGCUUUUAAAUUGACAUGUUAUUUAUAAAAUUGAUACUUUAGUGCAAGAACAAAGUUAGAAAUUCCCAAUUUAGGCAUGACGGCUAACCGUGUAAUUGUCCAUCCCGGAAAAGUGCAAUUUCCGGAAGGACUUUAACGUUGAAGCACGCAAGGUUAAGGAAAUAAUCGUAUGCAUUUGCUAUAAUGUCUAUUUUGAGUGAGGUAAUCCAACUGUUUUCAAACUCACACCUUCCACCUGUGUUUGUGACGACACCCAGAGAUCUAACCAGUCCUACACAGCAUCUCAUUUUCUUUUUAAUUCAAAUCACACCAAUUGAGAUUUAUUUAUAUACCACCAAUGUUGGUCAAUGAAAAAGAUUGUGGGCGAUUUUUAUUGUUUAUUUUAAAUAUUUUUAAUUGAAUGUUAUUUGACUUUUAAUACAGAUUUAAGUCUUUUAGCCCUGACUAUAUACUGUCUGAUAGUCAAUUUAAUAAAACACUUGGAAUGGUUGUAAAAUUGAACUUUUAAGUCUGAAAUAUUGUUUAAAAGUACAGGGAAUAUUGGAAAAAAAAUAAAUUUUCGGGAUUCGAACCCAUAACAGUUGGCUUAUCAAUCUACCUGCUUACCGAUUAAACCAACUUCUUACCUAUUUAAGCCUACAUGUAGUUUAAAAAAUUAAGCUUUUAAAGUCUUUUAAACCAACUUUUAAACCAAAGUCUUCACUUUGACUCACGCACGAACUUUUCCAGCAACUUCUGAGAGGAACACCUUAUCCCCACGUAGUUAAUUCGCUUGAGAGUCGUGACUAGUUCGUAGGAUUGUGCAUAAUUAUCUUAUUCACUCUUGGCAAUGGGAUCGUAUUGUGUGUGUGAAGAGGUGAGAUUGUUGUGUUUUUGUCUUUAAAUGAAAUUUUUGGCGUAUGUGUCUCUCACAUACUCAAGGAGUGUGAGUGAGAUUUUCCGGAAAAGUCGAUGAUGGGAAGAUGUACGAAUUACAGUCGACCCAGAGCCUCUUUGCAAAGUGGAUUUGGGGCUUUUUUUUUAAAGCUUAAUUAAAACGAACGAACGAAAAAUAAUUUUAAUUUAUAAUUUUCUCAACAAAUUUAGUUUCUCUCUCUUUUAUUUUGUUGCUGUUUAAAGUUGUGCCGAAUCAAAUUUUAUCGAAAGUGGUUCAAUUAUUUCGCAAUAUUUUGCAAGAUUUUUUUUUUCUCGCAUAUUUUUUUUUCUAUUCAUCCGUGUGGUUGUUUAGGUUCUUUUUCACGGGGUUGUGAUUUUUCUUUGGGCCAAGAAAGAAAAGUGAUUUGUGUGUUCUACUUGAGGAGCUAUAGGAAAUAAUAUUACUUAUAUGUUAGAUAUUUGAUGCGAGGAAUUUAAUUACGUCGUAAAAUCUUCGUCUUUAUUUGUUAAAUGCACCUAAAUAAAUUUUGUUAAUUUAUUGGUGCACCUUUUUAGGUAGCAAAUGAUCGAUUUUAUGGGAUGACAUGAUUUGGCUAUGCGAAGGAGAAAUAUUUACCAAAAUUGCAUCGUGCAAUGUUGUGGAGAGAAUUUUCUAGAUUUUUUUUCUCCACUCGUGCUUCUUCCACGCAAAUUUAUAGGGUGUGACGUAAUUUAAAGUAUUUAAAAUAAAAUACAAUAAAGUCUAUAAAUACUGUGGGUUAUAAUUAAAUCUCAUGUGAGAUAGAUGUUGUUUAGGGUCACGAAGUCUGUGCAAAAUGUGGCGGGAAUUACAUUUUGAUCACAUUCUUUUAAAAUCAGCCACUUUGGUGCAUCAUCUUUAGAGUAUCUCUCUAAAGUACAUAGCUACUUCUCUCAAUAAUUAUUCUCUCAAUAACUCAACAUGAUUUUUAUAAUUUACAAUAAAUACAUUUGAGAGAUAUUACUGCGUCGUGGUUUUAUUUCUCUUUUUUUAUUUAGAAAAUAAAUAAAUAAAAUUGUACAUAGAAGUUCAAGACUGUGCGGUGUGCUAAUCCCACACGGGACACAAAUCGUGAGCAAGAUGAAGGAGAAAAAAAACUGUGAAUGAAUUAAGGCAUAAAAAAUAUACAAACGUGUUGAUUGAAUUAUAUUUUGAAUGAUUAUUUUAUUUUAGAUUUUGUGUAAAUAAAAGAAAAUCAUCUUCUUUGACUAUUCAGAAUUUUUUUUAUUGAAAUUCUUUAUUAACUUUGAAAGGAAAGUCUUACGGAGUUAGUUUGUAUAGGAUUUAUGCUUAUCUGUGAAUUCUAAACCAAGAAUUACAGAAAGAUUUAAUUUGAAAGAAUUCUAAAGUAAAGAAUAAAAUAAAACACAAAUCAUUAUAAUUAAUUAGAACCUCUCUAAAGAAUAUCUUUGUGAUAUCAUACAAGAGAAUAGUAGAGGUAUUAUUGCUGAAGGAGGAAACAUUUAGUAUGAGAAGAACAUGAGGACGUCAUCAUCUAAAAACAAACAUUUUUAUUUUUAUAAAUCUUCCAUACAAACAGACAAAUAGACUGUCUCUCGGUGUGAUUUUUGCGAAAGAAGAUCAUCAAAAAGAAAAAGAAAAGAAAAUCUUUAUCAAUUUUUUAUUGAAUGCAAAGUUGUUAGUUUGAUGAAAUGGAUGCCUGCGAAAUUGCAAACAUUUUAGCCACAGAGCUCUUUAUGCAACAGCUCGUAUCUUUUGAUGGGAUACACAGUGGCGUUCCAACGAGAACAACAUCAACACUCACGCCGACCACUCUUAGGAACAUCGAACAGACUUUUAUCGAACUGAGCAGUGAGACCCCAUCAACAGUACCCUACCAGGCGGGUUUUGUUCCACCCCCAGCACCCUUUCCCUUCGAUCAGGAUCACAAUAGUCUCGGCUCAUCGGGAUCUGGCUCCAAUUCUUCUUGGCACACACCACCACCAACAAUCAGUGAGGAUCUCAUUUCUUCCGUGUCUCAGGGUAGUUCAAGCGACGGAGCCGCUACCUCAGUAUCCGGUGGCACCACCAGCAAGCCUGCUGCUGCACCGAGACGCAAUAUGGGCGGUCGUCGUCCAGCAAAACCCACCAAUCUCACACCGGAGGAGGAGGAGAAGCGCAAACUUAGGCGCGAAAGGAAUAAAUUGGCUGCCGCAAGGUGCCGAAAGCGUCGUGUUGAUCACACAAAUGAGCUGACAGAUGAGGUGAAUGGGUUGGAGAAGAAAAAGCAAGAUCUACAGAAUGACAUCCAAACGCUGCAGCAGCAAAAGGAAGAGCUGGAAUUUCUGCUGGAGACCCACAAGGCACAUUGUAGAAUAAAGGGACGUGCGAGUCCGUUGGAUGUGAAGCCACACGUGAGUACAGCCAUCCUUGGGUUGUGCGAUAGGAUAAAGACCGAACCUGUGGACUUUGAUGGGCCCCCAUCGCCGAAGAGAGUGAUGGUAUCCAGUGCGAAUCCCGAUGUGAUUAUCCUACCACCAAUGACAUCCGCUGGGAUCACAGCAGCACCACCGAAGCCAACACGACGACUGGAUCGUCCCAAUACCCUUGCUGUUGCCAUCACGAUGCCCCCCUCGCAGGUGUUGGGUGUCAAUACGUCCGGGAAGAAUGUGACGGAGUUUGCAGGUGUUCCCAUCACAACACCCUCCAAUGGGAUGUUUAACUUUGAUAGCCUAAUGGAUGGGGGUACGGGUUUGACGCCCGUCUCGGCACCCCUUGUGCCCAAUUGCUCCGUCCAGAAGAGCCCCCUUGAGUUGGCAACGCCCACAAGUGAACCCUCAAAGUUGGUUAGUCUGUAGAACCAGCCUGUAAGAAAUGUUUAAGCAUUUCCUAAAGAACAGGAUUCUAGUAUUUUUCUCACAGACCCUUUUCAGAAAUAUUUAAGAAAAAAAAAAAGAUUAAAUGGCGGCGUUGUGAUAUUUCAAAAGAGAAGAUAAAAAGAAAAUAUUUUACCAGAAUAUUUUAGUAGAAUUAAAUGAGAAAAUUAUAUUACGCAAGGAACGACGAAAGUAAUAGAAAUGCUAAAAGGGAUUGUGGGGCAAAAGAAUACACACAAAUAAUGAAAAUUGAUGUCAAAUUUUUCAAAGUAUUUACCACAAAAUUGAAGAAAAUUUAACAUUAUACCGAAAAACCUAUUCCCCAGCAAUCCCUUCUUGUUUUAGGAACAUAAAGAAUAAUUAAAAACGAUUUAAAAAAAAAAGUUGCUUGUUGAAAGUCAAAUGCUGCAAUAUUUAAAAGAAAAAUAUUAAAAAAAUAAUAAUUAUAAAAAGGAAUUGUGCUUUAAAUAAAAAGAUGAAAAAAUUAUGGAAACAUUUUUACGCAGUAAUUUUUAUUUUAAGUUAAAAACAAACUAGUUUACCAAUUUAAUAGGCGAAAAAAAUGAUGAGAAAACUGAUGAAAUCGAUACCAAUUAAUUAUUUUUUUCUAUUAAAAGUUAAGAAUAAAUUUUUGCUAAUUUAUAACUAUUAACCUUUGGAAUGCGGAGGCUUUGACACACCCUUAGAAUGCGAAGGUGGGGUCGUUGAACGACCCCAAAAAGAAGGCCAAUUUUCUCCCAAAUUAUACAACCUGGAGUUGUCGGGUUAGUGCCUAUAGCUUCCUUAUAUAGUCCUCUUGCCCCUUGCAUCACAAAUUUUCCACCACAAAACACGUAGAAGAAGAUAUUAGGGAAAAACAUUUUUCACUAAUUUUUCACAAUUUCUUUUUGAGAAAUUUGCCAAGAAAGUUAACCCCAACUGCUAUUUUUUUUUCACUCUUCCCCACAUUCCCCUUACCUCCCGCAACAUGAUAAAUGGCAAUAUUUCUCGAAUAUUCUUUAUUGUUUUGCACAUUUACAUGCUUCUAAUUAUGUUUUAUGUUGUUUAUGCUCUAAGAAAUUUUCCGCAGCAUGACCGUUACAAAAAUUUUUGAAUUCCCUUCUUCUACAUUUUCCUCAAUAACUUUUCUUGUGGUGGUCGGAUUGAGCUGAAAUUUUUACACAACAUCCUCAGAUAACCAAGGAGCUUAUUUCCAAAAGAUGGGAACGCUAUCUUUUAUAUUUAUUUAGUUAUAGCACGAAAUAUAGCGCUGGGGUCGUUCAACGACCCCGCUCCGCAUUCCAAGGGUUAAGUCUCCUUCCCCUUCUAUCUGUUUCCCCAUAAAAAAAACCUUUCAAUUAAUAUUAAAAAAUAUUUUUAAGGAAGCGAUAAAAAAUACAUUUUUAACCACAUUUUUGUAUUAUUAUUGGAGAUGCUCAAUAUUAUUUUGAGAGUGAGAGAAAGAUGUUUUUUUUUAUUUAUUAGUUUGAUGAGAAUGAUGAAAAAAUGUAUUUUUGAUGCCAUAUAUUGCUAUUUUGAGAAAAAAAGCAAGGAGAAUAAACAAAUUGUGAAAAAUUAAA